AUGAACUUUCUUCUAUCCUUGAUUUUAGUUAUAAGUUGUGUUCAUGUUUUUGGAUCUUUUAAUAAUACUUCGAUCCGUCAGAGUGAUAUUCUAGUAAGAAAGGCCCGAUGGUUGCCCUUAAUAUAUCCCAGAGCCAAUCCUACUCGAUUAGAGAUGAUAGCUGGCUUUGGUAUACCCGUAGAUGACCUUACUGUUGAAUCUGUGGUCACAGGUUACGUUCUGAAAGCUCAAUAUUACUUACCAUACUCCGUUAAGCAACUGAGGACCAAGGAUGUCCACGAAAUCUCUAAAGGAAGGCUGCUGGAGAACGCCACAAUCUUCGAUAAGGUAAUGCAGAUGUCUGAACAGAAACUGGGCCUGGAUCCUGAUAUCCUGCAAGAAGAUCUUCAGGCCUUCGGCAGCUAUCGCUGGUCGGUGUAUGAGGCCUUCGCCGCCCUGGCCAUUCGCAUGAAGCUCAAUGGCCGAGUAUGUGUCCUGAAGAGCAUCUGCGAAAGUGCGGCGGCUCCCUUCGACGAUCGAAAUGGUUUGCUGGGCGAACUGCUUCACAUCCUGCUCACACCAUCCAGUUCUGUGGAUCCCUUGGCGGAGCACUCGGACAACGAUUACCUGCAGGCUGAGAGAUUGGGAGCAGCUGGUAGCGAUUGCGAUCAGGUGUAUCCAAAGUGUCCCAAGUCCCUGCUGGAGCACUUUAGUGAUGUACAUCAUCUGGGCAGUGAGUUCCUUCGCAUGUUGGGUUGAGAUAGUGGCUUAGAUAAGCUGGUCAAA